UCCGGAAGUGGCCGUGGCAAAGGGGGUUGAGGGCUGAGGCCUGGGCCGGGGCCGCAACGAGCGGCUCAGACAGCGGCGCCGCCGCCAUGAGCUGGAUUCCAUUCAAGAUUGGGCAGCCCAAGAAACAGAUUGUCCCCAAGACAGUGGAAAGAGACUUUGAAAGGGAAUAUGGAAAACUCCAGCAGCUGGAGGAUCAGACCAAGAAGCUGCAGAAGGACCUGAAAAAGAGCACCGAUGCUGAUCUGGCCAUGUCCAAAUCAGCUGUGAAGAUCUCUUCUGAUCUCCUCUCCAACCCACUUUGUGAGCAAGACCAGGAAUUUUUAAACAUGGUGACUGCGCUAGAUACAGCCAUGAAACGGAUGGAUGCCUUUAACCAGGAGAAGGUGAACCAGAUCCAAAAGACCGUGAUUGAGCCCCUAAAAAAGUUUGGCAGUGUCUUCCCCAGCCUCAACAUGGCGGUGAAAAGGCGGGAACAAGCCCUGCAGGACUACAAACGGCUGCAGUCCAGGGUGGAAAAGUAUGAGGAGAAGGAAAAGACAGGGCCAGUCCUGGCCAAACUCCACCAGGUACGAGAAGAGCUUCGGCCUGUGAAGGACGACUUUGAAGCCAAGAACAGACAGCUUCUAGAGGAGAUGCCUCGUUUCUACAGCAGCCGACUUGACUACUUCCAGCCAAGUUUUGAGUCACUGAUCCGGGCCCAGGUUGUGUACUACACUGAGAUGCACAAGAUCUUCAGAGACUUAACCCAACAGCUGGACCAACCUGGUCAUACAGAUGAGCAGAGGGAGCAGGAGAAUGAAACCAAGCUGAGCGAGCUCCGAGCCCUCUCCAUUGUGGCUGAUGACUGAACUCUACACAGAAUCCCCUCCGGGGCAGAGGUCCUCAUGCCACAUACACUCUCAGACCCAGUAAAGCCAACUCUGUGGUGAAGGGCAGUAGCUACUAUAAAACUUUGCCAUGACCCAUUGGCAAAGGGAGCAAAAGCCACAUCUGCUGCCUUUCACUGGCCCUUAGACCAAACGUAACCCUCUUGUUGGAGAGCGACUCCCCCUCACAUCCUCAAGUUGUAGGUGGUCUCAUUUUAGUGCCAUGCCAUAGAAUGUCCAGCUCUAAGCAAGCUAAUGCCUUCUCUGGAGAGGAACAGUGGUGGACAGUGAAACCAGAUAAUUAGUGUAAAAGAACAGGCAUGAGGGCUUUUCUUUCCAGAAUAACUGGUCCAACAUAGACCUGUUUCCUGUCUCACCCUAGAGCAGUGGGUAACUUAAGUCCAUCAGCCGCAGAUGUACAAGCAAGUCAACUCAAGCUGGGCCAGAACACUGGAGUCUUGAAUUUGAAGUCAGGGAGUUUUUUGGCUGUUAGGCCAUGUAGCAUGCUGAUCUGCUUUAUUGUAUUGCUUCAGUACUCUAGCCUUGCUUCUGCUGGUGAACCUUUCGCCUCAAAAGUCAUUUUGUCUACAUUAGAGGUAGGGCAGAUAACUUGAGGGCAAAUCAAAGCUGUUGUCUUCUCUGAUAUGCCAUGACAAGGACAAAGGAACCUGCCCCGGUUUCUAAGUGUUAAGAAAAAGUUAGUCUAUCUUCUUUCCAGUCUGCGUCCUGUGCCUCAACCAAGUAAAGAGUUCUAAGUUUUCCACCAGAGAUAACCUUUUAGGGUCUGGAAGCUAGCUUAAAAUGUAAAUUUAAUGCUGUUAUUUCUAUUCAUCUGUAACUCAGGAGCCCCAUGGAAAGGGCAAAAGUCUGGGCUCCCCUGACUUCAAUACUGGGGAUUUUAUUUUUUCAAGGAAACUUAAAAUAAAGCCUACCCAUAUUGCUGGUUCUCUCAGUAA